AUGUGUGGUAUAUUAGGUAUAGCUUUAGGUGAUCAAGCAGCAACUGUAGCUCCUGAACUUUGUGAUGGUUGUAUCUUUUUACAACACAGAGGUCAAGAUGCUGCUGGGAUCACCACUUGUGGUCCUCGUGGAAGAAUCUACCAAUGUAAAGGUAAUGGUAUGGCUAGAGAAGUGUUCACGGAGAACCGUGUUCCGGAGUUAUUAGGGUCGAUGGGGAUUGCUCAUUUAAGAUACCCAACAUCAGGUCUUGCUGUUAAAUCUGAAGCGCAACCAUUUUAUGUCAAUAGCCCAUAUGGUAUUAGUAUGGCACAUAAUGGUAAUCUAGUCAACACUUUGGCUUUAAGUAGAUAUAUGGAUGAAGAUGUCCAUCGUCAUAUUAAUACCGAUAGUGACUCUGAAUUAUUGUUAAACAUAUUUGCUGCUGAAUUAGAAAGAUUCAACAAAUAUAGAGUCACCAAUGAUGAUGUAUUUCAUGCAUUGGAAGGUGUAUAUCGUUUGUGCCGUGGUGGUUAUGCAUGCAUUGGUAUGUUGGCAGGGUUUGCUCUGUUUGGGUUUAGAGAUCCAAAUGGUAUUAGACCACUUUUAUUUGGUGAAAGAGAAAACAAAGAUGGAACUAUAGAUUAUAUGUUAGCCUCAGAAAGUGUUGUGUUGAAAGCACAUAACUUUUCCAAAUUUAGAGAUUUAAAACCGGGUGAAGCUGUUAUUAUUCCAAGAGAUUGUAAUAAACAAAAACCUGAAUUUAGACAAGUGGUCCCAAUGAAUUCUUAUAGACCAGAUUUAUUUGAAUAUGUUUAUUUUGCAAGAUCAGAUAGUAUUUUAGAUGGGAUUUCUGUUUAUCGUACUCGUAUUGAAAUGGGUACAAAAUUGGCUGAAAAUAUUAAAUCUAAAAUGUCACCAGAUGAAAUUGAUGUGGUUAUACCAGUUCCUGAUACUGCAAGAACAUGUGCUUUACAAUGUGCUUCUGCAUUGGGGAAACCUUAUAGAGAGGGCUUUGUAAAAAAUCGUUAUGUAGGUAGAACUUUCAUCAUGCCAAACCAAGAACAAAGAUUGACUUCUGUAAGAAGGAAGUUAAACCCAAUGGAAUCCGAAUUUAAAGAUAAAAACGUUUUGAUUGUUGAUGAUUCAAUCGUUAGAGGUACUACUUCUAAAGAAAUUGUAAAUAUGGCGAGAGAAUCUGGUGCAAGAAAAGUAUUUUUCGCAUCUGCUGCACCACCAAUACGAUACAAUCAUAUUUAUGGUAUUGAUUUAACCGAUACUGCUAAUUUAAUUGCUUUUAAUAGAACAGAUGAAGAAGUUGCUGAAGCUAUUAAUUGUGAUAAAGUUAUUUAUCAAACUUUAGAAGAUUUGGUGGAAUGUUGCAAGACAAGCGAAAUCCAGCAUUUCGAAGAUGGUGUUUUCACGGGUAAUUACGUAACAGGGGUAGAAGAUGGUUAUCUAAGGGAACUAGAAAAAUCUCACAAGAUUAGAGCUAAUUCUCAAUCUGGUAAGCAUUGUGAAGGUGAUAUUGGAAUAUACAAUAUCGCUGAACAAUAUUAG